CAUGGUUUGAUAAUAGUCUGACCAGAAACCUUGUAGCAGCAGUGACUUGUUGGGGUUCGUCUCUUCCUGCCGUCUGGAGCUGCUGACCUUCACGUGUCCUUCAGUUUAACAGCGUCGAAGCGGAUUUACUGGAUUUAUGAGCAGCUCUCAGCUCACAGCCGAGUCGUAAACACUUCAUCCACCUGGAGCUGCUCCACCUCAGCUCAUCACUGCCUUCCUCCUCCUCACUCCUCCUCCUCCUCACUCAUCCUCCUCCUCACUGCUCCUCCUCCUCACUCAUCCUCACUCCUCACUCCUCCUCCUCCUCCUCCUCCUUCUCUUCACUGCUCCUCCUCACUCAUCCUCACUCCUCACUCCUCCUCCUCCUCCUCCUCCUCCUCACUCCUCCUCACCGCUCCUCCUCCUCCUCCUCCUCCUCCUCACUCUGACGCUCGGCUCUUUGACCCUCCUCCGGCCGUCUGGAAGCGUCUUUUUGUUGGGAUCAAUCCUUUCUGUGUUGACCCUCCUCACCUGGAGCCUCUUAUUUCCUCCAUCAGCAGCUGGACGUAGAAACUAAAGCUGAAACAGGAGGAGGAGGUGCAGCUGAGGAGUAGAAACUGAAGCUGAAACAGGAGGAGGAGGUGCAGCUGAGCAGUAGAAACUGAAGCUGAAACAGGAGGAGGAGGUGUAGUGGUGAGAUUGGUGUGAUGUUGCAUCAGUGAGGAUGAUUUAAGGCGGUGGAGGAGGACAGACGCUGCUGCUGUGAUAGAUAAAACAAAUGCAGCUCUGCAGUAAAUCUAAUAGGAGCAGGAAGAUGGAGCUCCAACAUGCAGCUGCAGGAUUCUGAUUGUUUCUGAGCAGUUUCUUCACCUCCUGCAGCUCCUCUGACUGUAAAUACAGGAUAUUAAAAACUGUACGAAUCCAUCCAGACACCUCUCCUCUGUUUCUGCAACUCUUUCCCUCCACCAGCUGGAGGAGAUCAUUAUCUCCAAACAAGAGCUCCACUGGGGGAGGAAGCAUCGUCCUGCAGCCAACGCAUUAAAACCCUACAGCUGCAUUAAAUCUCCUGCAUUAAAUCUCCUGCGGCUGCGUUAGACGUCUUCAUUCUGCAGCGAAACAGGAAGAACAAAGAUGAGGACAACAGAGACGCUACCUGAGAGGAGAUCAUUUAAUGAGCUGCAGGAGAUUCACAUAAACACUGAACACACUCUUCAUCUGAAGCCUGAACGUCCUCUAGAGCAACACGGGAACAUCAUGGGAGGAACACGGGAACAACAUGGGAACAACAUGGGAGGAACACGGGAACAACAUGGGAGGAACACGGGAACAACACGGGAGGAACACGGGAGGAACACGGGAGGAACACGGGAGAAACACGGGAGGAACACGGGAACAACACAGGAACAACACGGGAACAACACGGGAGAAACACGGGAACAACACGGGAGGAACACGGGAGGAACACGGGAACAACACGGGAGGAACAUGGGAACAACACAGGAACAACACGGGAGGAACACGGGAACAACACGGGAACAACAUGGGAGAAACACGGGAACAACACAGGAACAACACAGGAACAACAUGGGAGGAACACUGGAACAACACAGGAACAACAUGGGAGGAACAUGGGAACAACACAGGAACAACAUGGGAGGAACACGGGAACAACACAGGAACAACAUGGGAGGAACAUGGGAAUAACACAGGAACAACAUGGGAGGAACACGGGAACAACACAAGAACAACAUGGGAGGAACAUGGGAACAACAUGGAAACAACAUGGGAGGAACACGGGAACAACACAGGAACAACAUGGGAGGAACACUGGAACAACACAGGAACAACAUGGGAGGAACAUGGGAUCAACACAGGAACAACAUGGGAGGAACAUGGGAUCAACACAGGAACAACAUGGGAGGAACACGGGAACAACACGGGAAUAACACAGGGACAACAUGGGAGGAACACAGGAACAACACGGGAACAACACGGGAGGAACACGGGAACAACACAGGAACAACACGGGAACAACAUGGGAGGAACACGGGAACAACAUGGGAGGAACACGGGAACAACACGGGAACAACACGGGAGGAACACGGGAACAACACGGAAACAACAUGGGAGGAACACGGGAACAACACGGAAACAACAUGGGAGGAACACGGGAACAACACGAGCUUUUUCAGAGACGAUAAAUCUAAAUGAAUCGUUUCCUGAACCUCCAGAGAAGAGAGGAGCUGACGACCAUCUGUAAAAGGUUCCUGAAGGACGUUCUGAAGGUUCCUGGACCUCAGCAGCAGCAGAUCCAGUGAAAUCCAUUCAGUCAGCAUUUCUCAAUGACGGCGCCGAGGUCAUCCUGAGAUCUGACGAGGUCCAACCUUCAGAGACGUCAGAAGAUGGAGCUGAAGCUGCAGGAUCAGCAUCAGGACGGCACAAAGAGAAAUAUGAAUGAUAAAACUGUUAAAUCCUCAGAGCAGCUGGAAUUAUGCUUCUGAGAAAAGGAUGGAAGAGAAGAAAUGAUAAUUAUGUUUAAAGAUUCUUUAUGAAUGUUGAAUAAAAGACGCUUUGGGCAGAAUCACGGCUCCCAGAAGGUCCAGUUCCACCAGAAUCUGUUGGACUUUACUGUCAUGAAAGCAGUUAUUUAGUUAUUUAGGCUGUUAUUCAAAUGAAGGAUUUCUCUUUUUGGAACGAAGCUGCUUCAUUUGUAAUUUUAUUCAAAUAUCCUGCAGAAAGCAGAGACACAAGCAAACACAUGCAGGAGCAGCAAACUGAUGGUGAACCUGAGAGUUCUUAGUGCUGUAGAUGGGAGGAGGAGGAACAUCAGAGGUUCAGGAGCAGCUAGCCUUCCUCAUCUUCAUCCUCCUCCUCCUCUAAAAGUUGCAGCGAGUCGCUUUGAAGCAGAAAAGUUUGACUUGGUUGUUAAACUUCUGGAGGAGUCUGACUGUUUCAUGACUUCUGUUCAACCUGCAGCUUCUCUGAGACACAAACUCUCAGUUUAUGAAGAUUCAGUAAAACGUUUUCCAUUGCUGGAACUUCUAGACCGGUUCUGACCGCAGGAACCGUCCAUGUAGGAGCUGGUUCUGGAGGUUUUCAGGGUUUCUGCAGCAGAUUUACUUUACGGUAAAAGAUUCCAAGGCCAAAAGCUUGGAAACUUUGGAAGUUCUUGAGAUUAUAACAAAACAGAAAGCUGGUUUAUCCAGCAGCAGUAGUGUACGUAUGGCGAAAACAACUAUACGCUCUUCUGGAAGUAGUUUUUCAUAUUUUUAGAGGUUAAAAACCCUAAAAGAAAUGUUCCAAACUCAUCAAGAAAAUGAAAUGAAAUAGUCAAAGAAUAAUUAUUGAUUGGUAAAAAAAAAAUCAUCUUUCCUGGCAGCUCUGGUUUGAUUUUUAGGUUAGAAAAGCAAACAGAAAGAAACACAGAACAUUUUUAUUGUUAUUCUACGUGUGUUUUCUGCUGUAAGACUUCAGAAGAUCUCAUGUUAGAGGGGUGGAGCCCAGACAGACUAAUAUGACAGAACUAUACAGCAGUUUAUGGAUUAUUAUAUUUAAAAAGAGGAAAUUGAAUGUGUUCAUCCUGCAUCCUGGAUGUGAUUCUAGUGUUUAUUAUAGGAGCUGAAUGUUUACUGGUUCUAUAAGAGAGAAACCAGAUGAGAGGAAACAGAGAUGAGGAGAAAAAAAGAACAUGAGGAGGAAAAAGCUAAAAAGAAAAGAUGAGAAAAGGCUGAGAAGGAGAACAAGAGAGGAAACAGUCAGAGGUGAGGAUGGGGAGACGAGGGGAGAGGACUGCAUUCAUCUGGAGAUGUGGAUAUUUCUGUGUACAUGUGUGUAUAUUACCUAUAGAUGUGUGUUGAUGUGGUGUUGUGUAGAUGUGUGUUGUUGUUAGGGAGUGGAUGUAUGUGUAGAUGUGUGUAGAUGUGUGUAUAUUACUGUAUAUGUGUGUUAGGGAGUGGAUGUAUGUGUAGAUGUGUGUAAAUGUGUGUAUAUUACUGUAUAUGUGUGUUAGGGAGUGGAUGUAUGUGUAGAUGUGUGUAGAUGUGUGUAUAUUACUGUAUAUGUGUGUUAGGGAGAGGAUGUAUGUGUAGAUGUGUGUAGAUGUGUGUAUAUUACUGUAUAUGUGUGUUAGGGAGAGGAUGUAUGUGUAGAUGUGUGUAUAUUACUGUAUAUGUGUGUUAGGGAGUGGAUGUAUGUGUAGAUGUGUGUAGAUGUGUGUAUAUUACUGUAUAUGUGUGUUAGGGAGUGGAUGUAUGUGUAGAUGUGUGUAGAUGUGUGUAUAUUACUGUAUAUGUGUGUUAGGGAGAGGAUGUAUGUGUAGAUGUGUGUAGAUGUGUGUAUAUUACUGUAUAUGU